AUGAGUAACACUCCAGAAAACAGUUCAUGGAAAGAUAACAGAGUGAAACGGAGGAAACUAUUUUCUGGUGAAGAAGGAAGUCAAGGAACUGCAGCAGAAAGUCACUCUUCCAAUGAAGAAAGGGCAGGGAGAUUGGAGCGUGCUUCUACAUCCAAAAGUGUUGAUGCUCAGGAAAUGAAAAAUUCUGUUGUCGAAGAAGAAAAUUGUUUCUACCAGAAUGCAGCACAGGCCUCUCCCACACAAUGCCCUAAAGCUGGAGACGUGACGCCUAAACAUAGUCUGCGUAUAAAAACACCGGUUAAGAACUCCGUCCCAGAGAUGAAAAAAGGAUUCGGAGAUUGGAGCCAAGAAGAACAAGAAAGACUUCUCUCCAUCCUUGAAAUCGGUUUUGAUGGGGAUUUCAAGAAAUUGGCGGACCAAUUCCCCAACCAAUCUGUUAAUAGCGUACGCUAUCUUUUCACUCAAUUUCAAGAUGACCGGGUGAAAUCAGAUAAGGAAAUGAUUUCGGACACCAAAAUAGAAGAACUUCGCGAGAUGAAAGGUGUUGACUACUCGGACAAUAUGGCACUGUCCUUUCAACUGCUGUCACUGGAUGAAACACGCCCAGCUCCAUCUCUAGUCCAAGGGGUCGACUAUGCAGCCAUCUACGCCAACAUAGCAGCUUUGAUGCGGGGUGAAGUGCCCAAGAAACUCGACCCAGUGACUAUGGCGAAAUUUUCCCAGCUGUGGCAUCUGCACAAGCAACGUAUCCUGGCUGGACCAGAAGUUCCCUAUCCAGAAUUCAAACCAAAAGAGGGAUCUGCUCUCGAAAGGAAGAUGGAGUUAACGGAACGAAGAUCCGAGCAAUGGUCUGCUGACGAGUUGGCAGCUAAGGAAACUAUUCUUUCGGAAGACGUUUCUACUAUCGAAGAGUUUUACAUGUCGCAUGCAUCACUUAACCCUUCUGAUGGCUAAACUUGAGCUUUAAAAUUAUUUAAAGAAAAUUGAAAUUCGAUGUUACGUGUUUUGCUUGAAAUCGUUUCGGCUUAAACUGUGUUUUCAUAAAUUCAACCUGCCAUUGCAUACUAAUCAAUUACUUCUCCAAUAUUUCAUUGAGAAUUGUCUACGCAAGAAAACCGGAAAAUAAAUGUUGGCUCAGAA